CGCGGAAGGCAGCCUCCGAGCCCCUCUUCCCUGCCUCCAUGGAGCAUCCCGGUGCUGAGAGCCCCGGCGGCGGGAGCAGCAGCGGAGCCAGCAGCAGUAGUAGCCAGGAAGGCGACGAGCCCGAGUCCCCCGGCGGCCCAGUGCCUGAGGAGGAGGAGGCGGCGGAGGAGGAGGAGGAGGAAGAAGAAGAAGAAGAAGAAGAGGACGACGACGAGGAGGAGAGGGCGCCGCCGCCGCCGCCGCCUGGACUGGUAGCUUACGCGAUGAUGGAAGAUUGUUUAUUGAAGAAGAUAGAAAUCAGUGUCGCAGAAGCAGAGAAACGGACUGGACGGAAUGCCAUGAACAUGCAGGAAACUUACACUGCUUACCUCGUGGAAACAAGGGCUGUAGAGUCACAGGCUGAAGGACAAUGUUCCCCCCCAGAUUCUCUUUGGAGACGAUACAGUGAAUUUGAGUUGUUGAGGAAUUAUUUACUAGUUAACUAUCCACAUAUUAUUGUACCACCUUUGCCAGAAAAAAGGGCAGAGUUUGUUUGGCAUAAAUUAUCAGCAGAUAACAUGGAUCCAGAUUUUGUGGAAAGAAGAAGGAUUGGCUUGGAAAACUUUCUCUUGCGUGUGGCUUCACAUCCCAUUCUUUGCCAGGAGAAGAUUUUUAAUGCAUUUUUAACCCAGGAAGGUGGAUGGAAGGAGAUGGUGAAUGAAACGGGAUUUCAGCUGAAGGCUGAUUCUAGGUUAAAAGCUCUUAAUGCAACAUUCCGGGUGAAAAACCCAGACAAGAGAUUUACAGAGCUUAAACACUAUAGUGAUGAGCUGCAAUCUGUCAUAUCACACCUUCUGAGAGUCAGAGCUAGAGUAGCAGAUCGAUUGUACGGUGUGUACAAAGUCCAUGGGAAUUAUGGCAGAGUUUUCAGUGAAUGGAGUGCAAUAGAAAAGGAGAUGGGGGAUGGGUUGCAGAGUGCCGGUCAUCACAUGGAUGUAUAUGCAGCUUCUAUUGAUGACAUACUAGAAGAAGAAGAACAUUAUGCAGACCAGCUUAAAGAAUAUCUCUUUUAUGCAGAAGCUCUUCGGGCAGUUUGCAGGAAACAUGAACUUCUGCAGUAUGAGUUGGAAAUGGCUGUUCAAGAUCUGACAUCGAAGAAGCAGCAGUGUGAGGAAUUGGCAACAGGAACUGUGAGAACAUUCUCCUUGAAGGGAAUGACCAGCAAGCUGUUUGGCCAGGAAACACCUGAACAGAGAGAAGCAAAGAUAAAGGUUUUAGAAGAACAGAUACAUGAAGGAGAAGAGCAGCUCAAAGCAAAGAACUUGGAGAGCCGAGACUUUCUGAAAAGUGCCUGGACUGAUAUUGAACGGUUCAAAGAGCAAAAGAACCAUGACUUGAAAGAGGCCCUGAUCAGUUAUGCCGUAAUGCAGAUCAGUAUGUGCAAAAAGGGAAUUCAAGUUUGGACAAAUGCAAAAGAAUGUUUCAGCAAGAUGUGACGUUUGGAACUUUGUCCUUCUUUACAAAAUGCUGGAGAACAGAAGCACAAAUGCAUGAACAUGGAUACUAAGUUGCUACAUUACUACAUGGAAUUGGUAUAGUUGUAAAAGUAGGGCACAAAGAAUUGGUCUCUGUUCCUUGAUGGCCACCUUGUGGCUUGUUUUGCAUGCAGUAGCAAGUUGAACAUUGUAGUUCUCUCUUUCUCUCAAAAUAAGGCUAUAGGGAGGAUCCAAGUUGGCUCCAAUGAUGACUUAAACUAAACUGUUCACCACCAAUCUUUGCACUAUGUAAAUCAUUUCCCAGUGCCCCUUCUGUUUCACAUUUGUAGUGCUGUAACAUAUAAUGAUGUGCAUUAUUUGUUUUUUUUUCUUUUCUAUAAGUAGUGGCCUAAAAUUGUGUUUUCAGCAUUUCAGCAAUAUCCAUAAAUAACACAUUCAUUGUGUAUCUCUGAUGAAAACCUGUUUUUCCAAAAAUUACCUUUCUUUUUCUAACAAAUUUUUGAAUGUUUAAUACAUUAUACAACAGGGGUGUUCCAUACAGAACAACAUUAUGUUUCUGUGCUAGAAAUUUAAAACUGAUAGGAUUCCAUAAUCAAUUUUUCUACUUGCCAACAGAUAAGUGCAUAAUUAGCAAGCAGAUAAUACAUUUACUCUUAUUGACCUCAGUAAAAAUGCUUAACACCAGCUUUGAAUUUAAUUGGCAGGAUCUAUUAGGUUAAAAGUAUUUGUUUCUGCAUUAUUAGUUCUUUUUGAGAUGAUUAUGCUAAACAUAAAGAUGUUUCCCUUUUGAAUACUAACAGUGGUAGCUUUCUGAAAAACAUUAAUUUUAAGUGCUUUUGCUUUGCACAUGUAGCAGUGUAAAUGUGGAUUGUAUUUACAUGUCUCUGCAUUCAUUUUGUUUACUGCACUCUUUUCUAGAUUUGUUUUGAAAAAGGAAAUGGAUAGGAUGGAUUCUUUGGCGUCCGUCUGGUAUAGCGUGUUCAAAAGCAAGAUCUCUCUUGCUAGCUCUGUUUAAUCUUAAAGUGCAAGACACCAGCUGUAAGGAAGAUCUAAUGUUCAUUGGCCUCUUCUGCAUAAUGGUAUUUAAAAUGUCACUCAAGUUAAUGUGGAAUCAAGCCAGACAUAAUUGUAGCAAAGCUUCUUUGAGAUUAAUAGUACUCAUUUGUCAAGCACACAUUUAAUUAUUUCAGAUAAUAACACUGUAUUAGUUUACAUAUACCAGAAAGAACCUCUUAAUCUUUUUAUUUCCCAAAAUCAGAUCUUUUUUCUUACUGCAGUUAUAAAACCAGGUUUGCAAAGUAAAGCAUUUUCAGCUAAACUGAUGUAUUUUUUUUAUCUUUUAUUUAAAGUUUAAUGGCUAAUUUUAAGAGUAGUUACAUCUUUCAUUAAGAGAAAAUCUAGUCUGCUUAAGAUAGAUAUAUCUAUGCCGGAUCAUUCCAUUUCAGACAACUGUAGAAUCUGGGUCCUAAAAACUGAAGAAUAAAAACUUGUACAUUCCAAAAACAAUAAGCAGCUACGAAGUUAGAUUUUUUAUAGUAAACUUCCUAGAGUAGUCGUGCCUUAAUUUAAUACCACUGGGCACUUGGAGUCAAUAUUUUCCAUGCACUUGAUCUUCCUAGUGCCUUCCCCCCCUUCUUUCAUAAGCUGUAUAACUUAAAUGUAUUAGUAUGCCUUUUUUCUUGCUAACUGUAUUAAAUCUGAGAAGGGAUCAAAAGGUUCUUGUAAGCUUUGUGCCAAAUAUGUGAAAUAAAACUACACUUUAUUA